AUGAGAAACAAUAUAUACCUUAGCAUAUUCGCUAUACUUUUGGGUAUUAUCUAGUCUGUGAAAAUUGAACUCAGCAAAGAAAACAUCGUAUAGAGGCUUCAAAAGGAUUCUGGAUUUUUCCAAAGACAUAUCAAUGAUAAGCUAAAGCAACUGAAUCGUCAAGAUAAUUUAGUGUCUCUUGAUUACUCAACGCUAUAAAUUGAAGAUCCCCAAGAUUCUAAAUAAAAGGCUAUUAAGUUCACAAUCUAGGGUUCGGCAUCUUAUGAGAGUUUUACUGCAGUCGUGCACUAAAAGCUUUAACCAUCUCAACCUUGGGAAAGCUAUAAGAAUCGUUUAUAAAACGAAGUUGAGAUUAUUGGAAUAGAGGAUGAAGCUCUCAGAAAUGAUAUGACUGUCGUUGUUUCUAGAUUAGCCCAUAUCUUUUCUGAUUGGACAAAUAAUGCAAUGUGGGGUUCUGCGGAACAGUUCUAUAGUUCACAUCUUGCCAUGUACCUCUUUGUAAGAGAUUCAGACUAUUUCUACACUAAUGGCCAAUCUUUCUUUUAUGUCCAUGACGAUAAUCCAGAAAAGUAUAGACUAACUGAGGAAAAUUAAGCUCAGCUUAACUAUUAUAAGAACGCUCCUUAGCCUAAGUCACCCAGAUACUUUGGACUUACAUUGAAUGAUUAAUACUUAAAGAGAAUGUUCUUCACAUUUUCCUCUAAAGAAAAAGAUUUUGAUUUACUAAGUCGCCUUAGAUUUCAUAGGAUCUUGUUUCCAGAGUUAAACUCAUUGAAUGUGUUUUGGCUAUCAGCUAUUUUCCCUAAAUUAGAAAUGCUCUAUGAUCAGACUAGGAAAGCCAAUAUUAACUUGAAUCCUAAAGAUGCCUACUUAAAUUGGGUUGACAGUGCUCUAGCAAACUUUAAAAUUGAAUUCAAGCAAGAUCAUGUUGAUCUAAACAUUCCUCUCAUUUUUGAUAUUACUGUUCAAAACAACUAAAAUGGUUGGGAUGUAUUUCGUAAGUGCUUCCUUGAAAUAGCAGUGAACAUUGAUAUUAAAUAAUUAGAAGGACAGGCAUUCAAAUUUGAAAUCAAUGGACUGCCAGCUGGAGUCUCUAAGAUCAUGAUUGUUGAUCCCAAAUCACCAUCUGAACAUAUUGAAGAUGAGCAGGUAAUUGUAAAAGGAUUAGUAAACUUACUAGUGAGAAGAUUCUUUAGACAACUCACUACUUCUCCAUUGCAGCUUCCAGUUAAAUUCCCUAGAUUUGAUAUUGAGAAUGUUUCAAGAAACUUUAAACUUAAUGUGGUGCCAGGUUAUUUGGAUUUCGGAAUUGAGAGCUUGGAUUUAACUUAGAUUCCUAACUAUGGAUUUAAUCUUGUUAGCAUGGCUGGCCCUAUCUCUGAGGGAUACAAUAGAGAGGAACAAAUAAAAAAAGAUGCCUAUACUAGAUAAUAAGAGAUUAACAGGAGAUACGCAGAGCAUUAAGAGGCACUCCUUAGAAUAGAGGAGGAGAGAAAAAGAAAUGAGGACCUUGCUAAAUAAGUUGAGGAGGAAAGAAGAAGAUUAGAUGAAGCGGAUAGAAGAAGAGAGCAAGAAAUCGAAUAGGAAGCAGAGCCUGUUUAGGCAAAUAAUGCUAUUUCAGAGGAUUUAUGA